GAAAACAAUUUCGACAAAUUCGGUCAUGGUCAGAUCCAAGAUCUUGGCGAACCUUACGACUAUGGGAGCAUAAUGCAUUAUGGACCAAAAUCCUUCAGCAGGAAUGGUCGGUCUACUAUCGUUGGACUGAAGACUGGCGCCGAUCAAAUGGGUCAGCGGAAUGAGUUAAGCGCUAACGACAUUCGGCAGAUUAACAAGCUGUACAAGUGUCCGAACAAACCAGUUGAUCCAGGACCAGACGCAAAUUCCGUGGUCUAUUGCAGUUUUGACACUGGCUCGCUAUGCGAAUUCUUUCAAGGGACUGGAGACGACUUUGAUUGGACCGUCAAGCGAGGUCCCACCUCAAGCGGUGGGACUGGGCCGAGUACGGAUAUGUCUGGAAAUGGUUUCUACAUUUACGCCGAGACAUCUAGGCCGCGUGAACAGGGUAACCGAGCAGUCCUGAUGUCUCCCCGGCUGACGGGACCUUACUGCCUUCGUUUUCAUUUCCACAUGUUGGGUACCAGCAUGGGAUCUCUGAAAGUCUACAAGAAUUCAGGUUCGACCAACACCGAGGUAUUUUCCAUCAACGGUAACCAAGGAGAUCGGUGGUAUAUGGCGCAGACUUCCUUGACGGGUCCCGAACAAUUUCAGAUUGCAUUUGAGGCUAUUCGUGGUACCGGUUAUCGAAGUGAUAUUGCGUUGGACGAGAUUAAACUAACCCCAGGGAAAUGCGAAGACCCGUCGGCGACCCCUUCUCCGCCGGUCACCACACCAAUCCCAGUCAAGCCGAGAACCACUCCCAUCCCACCUAGUCGCAGUGAAGUGUACUGCAACUUCGAUGCCCAGUCUUUGUGUCAAUUCACGCAGGGAACUGGUGACCAGUACGACUGGCUGUUUAACAGGGGAACUACGUCAAGCGCGCCGGAAACUGGACCGAGCGCUGACGUCUCUUCGACAGGUUACUACAUCUAUGCCGAGGCGUCAUUUCCACGCCAGAGUGGUGACCGCGCGCACCUGUUCUCGCCCAGACUGGCUGGUGACUAUUGCCUGCAAUUCUACUUUAACAUGCACGGCGGUCAGAUGGGCACAUUACGUGUAUUUGUUGUGGUGGGCUCACAAGCGACUGUGGUAGGAUCGUACAGCGAUAACCGUGGAGAUGUAUGGAAUUCAGCUAAAAUUACCAUUCGAGGCGUCCAACCUUACCAGAUAGUAUUUGAAGCUGAGAGAGGUCUGGGAUAUGCCGGAGAUAUCGCGCUGGACGAGAUCCGAUUAACACCAGGAGACUGUAGCCAAUUUGUGAUCACCAAGCCCCCUCCUACUACUAAGCCUACCCCAGCAGCUAAGCAAGUGUACUGUAAUUUCGACAGCAAGUCGUUGUGUGGUUUUACUCAAGACAACAGUGAGGAUUUUGACUGGACUUUCAACAAAGGACCAACGAGUAGCACCCCCAGCACGGGACCCACAGCUGACUUCUCAGGAAAUGGCUAUUACAUAUAUGCUGAGGCUUCCAACCCCCGGCGGCCUGGUGAUCGAGCCCGCCUACUCUCGCCGCUCAUGACUGGAGACACCUGCGUGGCAUUUCGAUUCAACAUGCACGGAUCACAGAUGGGAACUCUUCGGGUCUACGGCAAGUUGGGAUCUAGUGAACAAGUUGUGUGGGAACAUAACACUAACACAGGAGACACGUGGGAUGGAAUGCAGAUCAACAUUCGGACAACAGCGCAAUUUCAGAUUGUAUUCGAAGCUGUCCGUGGCGGUGGAUAUAGAAGCGAUAUAGCUCUAGAUGAGAUCAGACUGAUCCCAGGUAUUUGCGGUGCGGCAGCUCAGCCCCUUGAAACCACCACGCCCAUGCCACCAACUACAAGAACCAUUCCUUUAAAGAGUAUCGAAGUAAGCUGCCCAGCAGGUUGGACUAGAUAUCAAAGAUCAUGCUACAAGGCCAUCAAUGAAAAAGUUUUCUGGAAUGCUGCAAAAGCUCGCUGUCAACAACAUGGCGGAUCUCUCAUUGCCAUCAACGACGCCGACGAAUUCAACUUCUUAAGGAGCUUGACUUCGCAACUUACGGGGGACUACGCGGCUUGGAUCGGACUCCGCCGGGACUCCGAGGGGGCAUUUUCGCGUUGGGAUAACGGGGAACCACUAACAUUCACCCAGUGGGCCAGAAACGAGCCGAACAACUUGCUCGGUGACGAAGACUGUGUGGAAAUGUACAGAUAUAGUGGCGGAUGGUUGGACACUACAUGUACAGGGACUUAUGCUCGAACACAUCCCUUCAUAUGCGAGAUCGUGUCGACUGCUAAAGGAAAAAUAACGGCACCCCAGUGUCCACGCGGUUGGCAUAAGCAGGGUAACGACUGUUACAAAGUCUACAGUGCUGUGUUCUCCAGGUCCCGCAGUAACGCGAAUAAAGUGUGUCAAGCAUCACGUGCCGACCUCGUGAGUAUCACGUCAUCAAGCGAACAAGCUUUAGUGUCAACGCUAAUGAAAAAGAAUUCUGAAGGAAGCUACGGAUUCUGGAUAGGACUCAAACGUUCUUCCAACAACGCGUUCUCAUGGGAGGACAGAAGUCUCCUGACGUACACCAAAUGGUCGAGAGGCGAACCCAACAACUGGGGUCUAAAUGAAGACUGUGUUUACAUGAGCUCCAUCACAGCAAGCUGGCUGGAUAGUCGGUGCUCGCGUCCUUUACCCUUCAUCUGUAAACUGUCUCUAGAGAGGAACGUUCCGACGGAUCCCCCUACGACCACUCCCUCUCCGAUGACCUGUGGCGUGAAGGCGACCAAUCGCUCCGUUUCCGAAUUCAGCGUCGGUAAAAUCAUUGGGGGAAAAAUCUCAACCCCUGGGGCAUGGCCCUGGCAAGUGGCUAUCAUGUGUAAGACUUGCAAGUCUCAAGACUGCGGAGGAACCUUGGUUUCCGCAUAUCACGUGGUUACAGCUGCGCAUUGCGUCCCUUCUGAUACCGAUACUUUUAUCAAGGACUACAAGGUUCGCCUUGGUGAGCACCAUUUUGAAACGACUGAAGGUCACGAACAAGACAUUGACAUUGCCGCGGUGUACACGCAUGCGUCGUACGGCCUGGCGGUUUCUCAUGAUCGGGACAUUGCUGUCAUAAAGCUGGCUUCUCCCGCCAAAUUCAACAGUCACGUGGGACCAGUGUGCCUACAAAGCAGUAAUGCUGACUUUCCUCCUGGAGCAUGCGCCAUCACAGGUUGGGGUCGCACCCGUCAAGGUGGCACUACAUCUCCUGUUCUAAGGGAGGCAAGAGUCCCCUUAAUUUCACAGGAGGACUGCAAGCGGAACUAUCGACCAGAGCUCAUAACAUCCAACAUGAUCUGUGCUGGGUUUUCAGGGGGAGGAAUUGAUGCCUGUCAAGGGGAUAGUGGAGGUCCUCUUGUUUGUGAAAAGGACAACCGCUGGUAUCUCGUAGGCACAACCAGCUGGGGAUGGGGUUGUGCUGGCCAGUACUACGGAGUGUACACUAACAUUGCUAAACUGUACAGCUGGAUUAAAGCAAACAUGCCAUGAACGCCUGCACAAGAUUGUUCAGCCAAGCCCACUGGAAACUAGUCUCCUCCGCGUUGCAUGACGAUCGUAAUAACGGCAGCCAAGGAGACUAACUGGAAACUGCAACAUAGUAAACUAUAGUAUGUAUAACAUAGAGGGAGAAAAGCGCCCAAAUAAACAUAUUUUUUUGGUA